GAGGGUGCCUGCGAUGCGAUGCACCCGAGCGGCACCACCACCGGUUCUCCAGCGGCAGCAGCAGCAGCAGCGGGCAGCGUCUGCAGGAGCGGCAGUGCGGCGGGUCGCUGGCAUGGCAAGAUGACACCGACCAGGGUGCUGCUGGGCCUCCUGUGCUGCGUCGGACCCACCCUGCAGGUGCUGGUGGUCACCGCCGGCAGCCAGGAGCGCCAACCUGCCGCCUCCACCGAGCUCGUCCCGCCGACGCCGAUCGUCCAGGACAACAGUUCAGGAGUUGGACAACUUUUAGGAGAUGGCUGUGAUAAAUCGUGCAGCCCGAAUCUGCAAGGCGUCUACUGUGACAAGGAGACGCACACUUGCGAAUGUGAAAAAACGCACCCCGUUCGCCUUUCGCCUACAGUCGGUUGUGCCAAACCGGUGAGAUUAGGUGAGCAGUGCUUCCAUGACCGCACAUGCAGCUUCAGCGAGCUGCACUCGGCCUGCAUCCAGAUACACCACAAUGCCAUCUGCCAGUGCAAGCCUGGCUUUCACAUUGUGGCGCUGAAUAAACCCCGCGAGCGCGUUUUCUGCUCCGAAGACAUCAUAGUGAUUAGAACAGAUCUGCACACACUGUUCGGUAUGGCCGCGGGCAUUGCGGUGAUCACGGGCCUCAUCUGCUUUGUGCUGAGGCUGUAUAGCAGGGCGCGGUAUUCUCCGCCUCGGCAUUAUGCCAACGCCGGUCUGCCUCCGCCGAUCCUCUUCGCCAGCGAGACAGGCAUCCCUUUGGCUGUCCAGCGAGCACCGUCCCGCAGCUCUGGACGCCACAGCGCCCCUCCCUUUUCGAGAAGGGCCAGCAGCUCCCUGGGUUUGAUUGGCGGCGGCCACAGCAGUUCUUCGAGAGCAGGGUCAAGACGGCCAUCCACAGCCUCGUACAACAGUAGCUCCUCGUCGGUCCGGAGCUACGGGGUGCGCCGUCUCGAGGAGGAGAAUGAGCGGAAAUAUCAACGGCAGCUGAUGAAGAUGAAGCAGCAGCCUAAUCAACAGCCACUGUUGAAUUUGCAAAAGGGCUCAUCAGGGAACUUGAUUUCGUCCUCUCUGGGCAGCGGGAGCUUUUGCACAGGCAGCUUUGAGAGGGGUAGUUUCAGUGCAUCGUGCAGAACUCCUUUGUCCACUGACGACCUGCUGCCAUCUGUCCGAGAACUGGUUGAGCCAGUUUCUCAACCUGGAAGCAGUGGAAGUCAGCACAAGACGAGAACAACCUCCCUUCAGCCAAUUAUUGCCCCAUCCUCUUCCUCAGAAAACUCACCCGUGGACGACAAGCCGCUCCGAUUCUUUGACGACAUCUCUCCCUCUUCACCCCUGCCGUAACAGCUCAAAAGUGAUGGCUGCUGGAAAAGAACAGCAAUAAGUGGACUGAAAAAAUCAUUGGUGCGAUUCAUAAUUUGCGGGCCUCAUAAUGCAACGGUUGUAAUAAAUAGUAAUGAUAUAUUCAGGACUAACAACGCUUUUUCCGCCGGGACGUGCAAAACAAUACAUAAUAAGCCAUCGGUGUAUAAUGGUUUUAAUUGUGAUAUCAUUGUGUCUUGCUGUUUCUCUGUCUUACUCUGACCAACUCACACACAACAAAAUAUGAAAAAGUGGAUUCCAAAAGACAGGAAGCAGUGCAUCAAAAUCGAUUUUUGCGAGUUUUUUGUUUUUCCAUCGACAGCGAGAUUAUCAUCUAGUAAAGCAUCAACAAUUAAUUGUGUAAUUUAGAGCAAAAAUAUUACACUCAUUGUUAGAUCUAUGUAAAAGUUUAUGAGGACCCUGUAAAAAUUAUAUUUGUUUAUAACGUAAGUUUAGAUGUCUACGAAUGAAAUGUUCCAUUGUGCCAGAACGCUUCCAAAAUAAGUUACAAUUAUUUUUUAAGCUAAUUUAGGGUCAUUAUUAAAAUAAUUUUUUAAUUUACAGACAAAUUGUUGUGUUUUUGUUUAAAUUUAUGUGGGGUUUUUUUUUUAAUUGAAAAGUUCAAUUAUUAAAAUGCCAACUUAAAAAGUGGCUUAAGAUUUUAAUUUUCUAUUUCAAUGAGAUUAUAUGGAAACGUUUAAAUUAUAAACUGUUUUCUGCCCAAAGAAUUAGGGAGAUUUUAAUGACAUGCUGUUUUACACAACUAGAGAUAAAAUACUGUUUUAGUAGGAAGAUCUUAAGGUAGCCGCUCUAAAUUCCUCAGCUUGGAACCCCUUAAUUCAAAUAACACAAGAUAAACUUAGGUGGUGAGAAAAUUAAGGAAAUAUUGUUGCUUCAAAUUAUUAUGUUGCAAUAGCACAAUUCAAAUUCGUCAAGCAGGAAAGCAAGCAUGUAAAAGUCGAUGCAAUACUAAAGAGCGAAAACCGGACUGGCUCUUGGAAAUGUACUCGCGUUGUGUAUUUGGCAAAGCAGUGAAAAACAACUUCGUGUAAAAAUAAAAAUAUUUGUACCGAAACUUAAAAAAACAAACAAUAAAAAAUUUUAACUGACCAUAGUUGAA